AUGACGAUCACCUUACAAGAUGUGGCAGGCAUCUUGGGCUUGCCGACCGACGGUAUUGUCGUCAUCGGAUCGACCUCUGAGGAUUGGCACGCUGCUUGUGCUGCUGUUUUUGGACAUGUUCCAGAGGCCGGUGAGUUCCAUCAUUCCGGCGACCUCCGCAUCUCAUUCUUGGAUCGGCAUUAUACCCAGUGGACUGAUCAUGAGGGGAAUCAUGCUGCCGAGAUCUACUUCACAAAAGCCCACAUUGCCCGGAUGUUGGGGACUUGGUUGCUGGCGGACAAAUCUGGAGGUAGCAAUUUUGGUUGCCGGCUUGUCCCGUUGCUAGGUGGAGGAUUUGAGGACAUUAGCCAAUUCAGCUGGAGAUCUGCAGUUUUGACACACUUGUUCAGGAAUUUGUGUGAAGUGACAGAUGCCCGUCGAAGCGACAUGGGUGGUUGCCAUAUUCUCCUUCAAAUUUGGGCAUGGAUACGAUUCCCACCCAUUGCUCCACCCCUUCCUCCUCAUCCAGAGCCGGGCACACAUUAUGGAUGCCGGUUUAAUGUUGUACAAAAGUUUAAACCUCAUGAGGUCACCCAUUAUCGGGCAACAUUGGACACACUCUGUAGAGAUGAGGUGGUGUGGCAGCCAUAUAUAGAAUAUGAGUGGCGCGACGUGACUCCAGAGCAGCAGUAUCUGUGGCUUGCUGCCACACCUAUUAUCUACUUCCACACAGUAGAGGCAUGUCAACCGGAUAGGUGCAUGCGACAGUUCGGUCUUGAUCAACCCAUCCCCGAAAAAUCUAGAAAAUUGAGAGGAAUAUAUGAUCAUACUCUACGGGGGAAGGUUGAAGAGAACUGGAGACGUAAGCUGAGGGCUCACAUUGAUCGAUGGAAUACCAGGAUUCAACAUAUUGUGCUGCCAUCUCCAUUAUAUGGUUUGAUGUCACCUAAUCAUGCGUACAUAGAGUGGUAUAGAGAGAGGGGGAAACGCUACAUAUCUCGGAGGGCAGCAAAGAUAGGGCACAUGAUUGACGGUAUUGAAAUGCUUUAUCAUGUAACAACAACGGAGGAGUUUCCUCGCUUUGGACUACAGUAUAUCCACGAGGAGAUAGGCCAGAUUAUUGGGAUGUUUCGUGAGAGUUCAAGAGUUGAUGAGCCUGGACCUGAGGCAUCCCCCGUGCAGACACAGCCUGAUCCUCAGUUGAUCGUGGUUGUUCCUCGUAAUAGACGGGAGGGACGCGGAUUAGGACGUAGACGUGAGAGAGUUGUUGCUGAGCCUGUCCCGUUAUGGCACCUAGACCAGUGGUCCAGACUCAGGGAUGGUUCAGACCUCCAGUCAUUGGUCCUACUUACGGGUCACAACCGAUUUAUCAUCACGGAUCGCAGUAUGCAGCAGGUCCUAUUCAGGCGGCAUCUGAGCACCCUUACAUGA